AUGGCAGCAGCCUGGGUCAUCGCCAUACUGGGGGUGAUGGGGAUGGCAGCGCCCAUGGCGAGGGCAGACUACCUGAGCGAGUGGACAACAGCCUUAGCCGAUGCCAAGAGUGUGCUCAUCGCUGCUCAGGGGAGCUCCGUCUUCUGCAGAAGCAAAGACGAAUAUGUACAAGAUGCGGUGAAGCGUGAUGGGUAUUUCUUCUGCCAAGACUACGUUGACUAUGCUGCUGCCUGCGAUGCACAAGACCCCCAGUCCUGCAACAACAGCAAACAAGAUGCCAUCUCUGAUAGGAAAUCUACGCAGACGGAUGACAACGCUCGGAAGGAAGCAGCAGCAGCUAAACCACAUUAUGUCAAGCUUUGCAAUGGAAUGUCGAACAAGACACUCAACGAUCUAGCAACGACCCCUGAAACUGCCUGUGGGGGUCAGGCUGCAUGCGAAGGAAAUGUCUAUCUGGACAAUGCUACUUCAUCUUCUGUGGAUGACUUCUACGUUGGAAGCAUCAUUGAGAUUGUCUCUGAUAGUGAAUACAAUGGCCAAUGGGCUGUUAUCCAGAAGUAUAGUGGCUAUGCGCGGAUUGCAAUGUUCAAGAGCUGGAAUCUGCCCUCAGGCUCAGCGUUGACCAGUCCCGGACUUCCGACAGCUUCUGACAAAUACAGAAUCUACCUCAACGACAUCGUGAGGGGAAAAUGCAGAGAUAGUCAGAAUCCAAAACAAAGACUAGGGAAAGCUUGGGUGGAACAAGAUGUGCAGAUUCUGAACAGUGUAUUCCAAUCGAUCCUUCAUUUGCAUCACCGACGGCAAAAAAUCUCUUUGACAGUGCGGGGAAUCCCAAACUCCCCGAUUCAAAUUAUGCCUGCUGCCCACGAAAUGGUUGCAUCCACAGCUCUGGUGGGAAGAAAUGCAAAGCUGGCAACUCAAGCAAUCGAGGCUUCAGGUUGUAUCUUCAACUUUACCAAGACAAGAGAUUUUGCAUUAGAUUUCUGCGUCUUGAAGACUUGUUUCCCGGUUUGCAUGGACGUCGUUAGAAGAUGUCCUCUGGAGGUUGAGUUCAACUGCCCUACCGACUCCGACAGGAGAGAAUACGACUAUUCGGCUUGCAACAUCAACCUGGCAGAAGGUUGCUCCAUGGCCCUAAUCUCCAAUGCUGCGGACGCAAAGCUGGACAGGGCAAAGGUUGACUGUUGGGAUCUCAACGUGGGAGGAUACGGCCCCACGUACACGCAAGGCCCCAGCAUCUUCGGACUCCCUCCAGGGGCAACAUGUAAGAACAAAGGAUCAAACGUUGGGAUAGUGGCUAUGGAGCCGCCGAAGCUACCUCCAGCACCAGGUCAGAAGCAAUCUCCCAACGACUACUGGGAAGAAAGAGCAGACAAGGACAAGAAGCUUUUGCGAUACUUCGAUCCUUAUGGUGCAAAGUCAACAGUGAUGUGUGCAAAGCCGACAUGA